AUGGGCCCUAAACGUGGUGGCUUCCUUAGAGGGACCAGACAGUCGUCCCGAGUUAGGGGACAGGUAGAGCAGUCUUUUGUUGGAGGUCCAUCAGGGGCUGCUCCGGCCGUGCCCACUAUGCCGGGAGAUCCCAACUUCCAGCAGACUUUGGAGUUGUUGACUCAGGCUCUAUCCAGGACCGAGCAGACUCGAGAUCCCUCCCUGGGAUAUGCUGAUCAAGCUAAGAGAAUAGGGGCCACAGAUUUUGAUGGUGAUGGUGAUCCAACAGUGGCUGAGGAGUGGAUAGAAAGGAUGGAGCGAAUCAUGGAUGUGAUGAGGGUUCCCCAGAAUCACAGAGUGGCCCUAGCCACAUUCUUUUUGGUUAGAAAUGCUAGACAUUGGUGGGAAUCAGUUAAGAGGAGAUAUCGGGAUCCCUCGGCCAUCACUUGGCAAUUAUUUCGAGCCGCAUUUGAUAGUCAGUAUUAUCCACUGGCUUACCAGAAUUUGAAAAUGGAAGAGUUUCUGCAACUGGAGCAGGGAGCGAUGACAGUACUUGAGUAUGAGAAGAAGUUCAAUGAAUUGUCUAAGUAUUGUGUUCCACUGGUAGAGGAUGAAAACAAGAAGUGCCAGUUGUUUACUAGAGGGUUAAAGGCCUGCAUUCGAGACAUUGUGAUUAGUCAGCGGCUGACUAACUUUGGGGAUUUGGUGAUGUCUGCUUCGCUGAUAGAGAGCAGUUAG